GAAGAAGAAGAAGAAGAAGAAGAAGAAGAAGAAGAAGAAGAAGAAGAAGAAGAAGAAGAAGAAGAAGAAAGAAAGGAAGGAAAUUUGAAUGCCAUUUGAAGCAAAGGAUUUGAUCAAGACAUCAUCUAAAGAGAGAGACAUUGUGCGGGUUGUCCUUCAGGAGAGGACCUGAGGACUGAAGCAGCCAGGAUGAAGAGUUCCUCUUCACUCCUCUCUCCUCCUCCCUCUCCCUCUCCUCCUCCUCCUGCCCCCCUCCCCCUCUCCUUCUCUUCCUCCUCACUGAUUUGCUGUCCUGAACUCAAUCUGUCCGUCACACUCAGCCCCAGCAAAGUGAACGUGGAGCCUUGUCAACUGAACAGGAGGCAGCAAAAGAACCACUCCGGACAGAAGUCCUGUUCCAGAGGACAAACGAGAAGAAGGGGGAACAAAGAGCAGGUGUGUUUUGAAGAGCCGUUGGUCGUCAUGGUACGACCAGAGCCUGGCGUCACUCUGAAUAAAGACACCCUGCCUCAGCAACCAAUCAGAACUCAGAGGAGGAGCAGAGGAUGUCACCAUGCCCCCAGACAGUGUGUAGAACUUCCUGCUGCAGCAUCCAAUCAAGAUCCAGACUGUCUGGAGAGGGUGGAGCUAAACACUACACUGGCUAUGAAGGCAGAGCUUCAGUCACUGCAGGGGUCGCAGUUUAACUCCCAGAAGGCCAUUCAAGAGAUCCUAAAGAGGUCGGAAAGGACUAAAAACCUGAUUAACACCAGAGCUACUGAAGAGGUCAAUGUGUCUCGCUGUCAGCUUCUCUUUAACUCACUGGUCAGUGUAGAUGUGCAGGUGGAUCAACUGAUCAGCCAAGUGCUGCAGGACAAGCUUCUGCUGGCUCCAACGCCCCGCUGCCAUGAAAACAAGGCAGCAGAUGGCCCCUCCCUCUUCCAUUUCAUGGGCUCUGAUCUUCUCAGACAGAAGCCCCUCCCACCCGAGGAGGAGCCAGUAAAUGCAGACCCCUGCCCAUUAAUACACCAUGCCCAUUCAAACUUUGAUCUCUACGGAAGACAGAGACGCAAUGAGGCCACACCAUGAAGGCCACGCGGCGAUUCUGAUUGGCUGGUGGUAUUUUGGUCAGAUUUUGUGAUGUCAUUUAAUGAAGUUAUCUUAUCAGUUGUUUUUCUAAAGAGCAGCAUUUUUCCAAUAAACUUUUUCAAACACGUC